AAAAUAGGGGUAUCCUUGGAACUCCAGUGAUCCACUCAACGGCGGUAACUGCUAAGCCGAGGCCUGGUUAACUUGUGAGCUUCUGGUGAUUUUUCACAACAAUGCCCGUAGAAAUUAGAAACCGUACUUUUUGUCCGUGAGGAUUAUAAUUUUCGGCGGUAUAAGGCCAGGCAGGCAUGAUGACUGAUUCCGAAGCACGAUACCAGGGGAACGGAGGGGACGUUGGAAACAACUAUGCCGUUGGCGAUUCUCCUCAGCCUCGCGACACUGGCCACGGCGGUGCCGAUGAUCACAGCGAUUCGAAAUCUCAGAAUGGAUCUCGUAAGUACGAAAGAGAGUCCUCAAGAAGUUAGGAAAGGGAGAAGGAGCGUGAUAAGGAUAGGGAGAAGGACCGGGACCAUCACAGGGAGAAAAGCAGGGAUAGGGAUAGGGAGCGGGAAAAGGAUCGUGACCGCCAUCAUAGGGAACGGCAUAGGGAUCGCAGUAGGGAACGCAGUGAGAGAAGAGAUCGGAGAAGAGAUAGAGAUGACGAUGACGAUGAUCAUUACCGAAGCCGAGAUUAUGAUAGACACAGAUUAUGAUAGAGACAGAAGGGAUAUGCACAGCCGCCGGUCUCGAUCUCAUUCAACAGCUAAAUCUGAGCAUAGGUCAAGGUCAAGAUCCCUUUCACCUUCACCUUCUCCGUCUCUGUCUGGUUCAAGAAGCAAAAGGAUAAGUGGAUUUGACUGGGCACCUCCACCAGAGAUGUUAGCUGCCAGUGCUGCUGCUGCUGCUGCUGCUGCUGUUCCUGCUGUUGCUGCAGUGUGGACAGUUCGUAUCAAAAUACUGGUGUAAUUUCGGUAAGCUGUAUUUGUUUUUCCAUUUUGCAUAUGGCCUUUU